AUGACUCCACUUCUACAAGCUGAAGCCAAGAUGAACACAAGCCUCUAUCUCACGGAGAGCAACCAACAUCAACACGAGUUCCAACUUGUCAGCCCCCAGUCGCUUUAUUCUUCCUCUGUGCCCAACAGUAAUAAUAACUCCGGCAUCUUCAGUUAUAACUCCGCCAGCAAUAGCGGUGUGUGCUCUAACGAUGAGUUUGCCAACCAGCAAGAUGGCAUGAACACCAUAAUGCAUAAGAACAAUAUCAGUAAGACUUUCGAAGACGAUAUCUUUUAUUGUCCAAGAAGCUUGCUAACUCCAGAAGAACAAGCGGUAUACCAGGAAAUUGACAAGUAUUACAUGGAACAAGCCUUAUUGACCCAAUUACAAAUCCCUCAAACUUAUUCCUCUUCCACUCCGAAGGAGGAGAAGAUUGUCAAGUUCAAUCCCUAUACUUCAAAGAGCUUCAGUCCCGCUUCCUCUGAAUAA